UCCACCUCCGUCUUAAUGGUAGCUCCGGUGGUUGCACCCACCUCCCACUUACCGCAACCCCUGUUAUUGCUUCUGAUUCCACCUCCCAUCCAUCACGGACAAACACUUCCCAACCCCGACCAACCGCGGCAGCCACCACGCACACACGCAAACUAGCCGGCCCGGCCGUGUCCCACAGUGCUACGUGUACGCCACCAUGAGCGCCGCCGCCCAAGAGGCGCGGCAGGAGGCGGAGGCUGUUAUGUUUGGCGCCAUCGACAACCUGCUCGCCAAGACAGGGGUGAGGGCCAGGGACAUCGGCGUCGUGGUCGUCAACUGCAGCCUCUUCAACCCGACGCUGUCACUCUCCACCAUGGUCAUCAACCACUAUAAGCUCCGCGGUAACGUCGCUAGCUACAACCUCGGCAGCAUGGGAUGCAGCGCCGGGCUCAUCUCCAUCAACCUGGCCAAGCAGCUACUCCAGGUCCACCGGAACUCGUACGCGCUGGUGGUGAGCAUGGAGAGCAUCAUGAUCAACUGGUACUGGGGCAACGACUGCUCCAUGCUCAUGUCCAACUGCCUCUUCCGCAUAGGCGAUGCGGCAAUCCUCCUCAGCAACCGCGCCGCCGACAAGCGCUGCUCGAAAUACCAGCUCGUGCACACCGUGCGCACGCACCACGGCGCCGACGACCACGCCUACCGCUGCAUGUUCCAGGAGGAGGAUAAGGCUAGCCUGGUCGGUGUCGCGCUCUCCAAUGACCUCAUGGCCAUCGCCGGCUCGGCCCUCAAGACCAACAUCACCACGCUCGGCCCCCUCGUUCUCCCCAUGUCCGAGCAGAUCCUUUUCCUCAUAUCUCUCAUCGGCAAGAAGAUCUUUAGUCUCAAGAUGAAGCUCUACAUUCCGGACUUCAAGAUGGACUUCGAGCACUUCUGCAUCCAUGCUGGCGGCAGGGCGGUGCUGGACACCAUCGAGAAGAACCUGGAGCUCAGUGACUGGCACAUGGACCCUACGAAGAUGACAUUAAACCGGUGGGGGAACACGUCGAGCAGCCUGCUCAGGUACGAGCUUGCAUACACGGAGGCCAAGGGACGCGUCCGAUGCGGGCACCGUGCAUGGCAGAUCGCCUUCGGGUCAGGGUUCAAGUGUAACAACGCGGUGUGGCGCGCGCUCAAGGACAUUCACCCGUCAAAGGAAGCCCGUAACAACCCAUGGAUUGAGGAGAUCCACCGGUUCCCAGUUGAGGUGCCCAAGGUGGAGAGCGUCGUUUCAUCGCCAUGAUAGGCUCAUCAAGGUCGAGUACGCAGGGUUUUCUAGAAAACAAAUCUUCUUUCCAACUUCAAAGUUAUCUAUUGAAUUAUUUGUAUCAUUAUGAUUUAACAUCACGUUAAUCGAUGGUUUGAGCUAGCUGAAUUGAUAUGAUACUUUAGUUGGUGUAUUUUUGCUA